GUCUAGUGGGAGACAACUCUAAACCGAAACCUGAGAAAAACGAACUCGAAACAGAAAAAAGUCACAGUAAUGUGUAAAUAGUGAAAAUAUACCAACUUAAUGGCUCUAAGAAUCAUAAAUAAGCAAUUUCAGCAAUUAUGGCAAGAAAUUCCAGAAGAGUUUGGAUUUACAGCAGGCCCUUUAGAAGAUGACUUAUUACACUGGCAAGCCUCAUUAUUAGGACCUGCAGACUCACCCUAUAGUAGUGGUAGAUUUUUUUUGAGAUUAGAUUUUACCACGGACUUUCCCUUUAAGCCACCAAAGAUAUUAUUCCAGACCAAAAUAUAUCAUCCCAAUGUAACAGAAGAUGGUAAAAUAUGUGCUGACUUCCUGACGGAGUGGAAACCAUCAUUCUCUAUUGGAUAUAUUUUACAAGCCAUACAGUCUUUACUUUUGUUCCCUAAUGCAGAUAAUCCUGCUGCACCAGAAGUAGCAAAAGAAUUUCUUGAUAAUAAAGAACAAUUUGAGAAAACUGCAGUAGAAUGGACUAAAUCUUAUGCCGUAGAAUGAGAAUUCUACAGAAAAUUAUGUAGGAAAUAUUUAUACUCUAUAUUAAUAGAAUGACUUUUUAUACUGCAACUGUGCUUUAUGUACAGUCAAAAUGCAUUAAAUAUAUAAACUUGUGCAGUCACUAAUUGUAUUGUGCCUUGUUUGUGGCCGUGAUAAUGUUUUUUUGUGCAGUGAAAAGAUACAGGUUUGCAGAAUUUUUAUACGAUCUGCUCCAAAUUCAUAAUAGUUCCAAAUAUUUCAUUUAGACCAGUUUAAGUGUUGCAUUAUAAAUAGAACAACCAAACAUUGUCUCAAAAUAUAAAAUUAUUUGUACUUCACUCAAAACAUGAUAACAAUUUUCAGCAAAGCAUAAUGUUCUACCUUUUCGUAAGUCUUGUACAAAUGUAUUUCAUAAUUUGAGACAAUUAUAUAGAUAUUUUAUACCAAUCACUUUGUAAAACAAGAUUAAGACAUGAUAAUGGUAUUGAAGUUAAUACACUUAUACCUGUUAACCUUAUGUUUUUAUUUUGGCAGCAACUGUUUGAAACUUUAGUCUUUUAUAUCUGGAAAAUUACAGUUUAGGUAACAGUAGGUCCAAAAGAUGUUUGAAUAACUGUACAAUGCUUUUUUUAUAUUUUGUAUGUUUGUAUAUUUUGUUUUCAGUUUUUGUAUUAAUGGUUAAUAAAUGUUUUUGUGCAUAGUAUAACUAAUAACCAAAGAUGUGCACAUACAUAAUUUAAACCAAAAACAGGUUAUUAUUUAAACUUGGAAUUAUUAUUAAUUAUGGAAUUUUCAUACUUUCCUUGUUGCUAGAAAAUUUCUAAUAAAUUCCAUGCUUAUUCUGUACUUCAAUGGUCUGUGCUGCGCACAACACUUUCUUUUACAAAAAAGAUGGUACAUUUUCAAUAGAAUGUACUGUGCCGCGCACAACACUAUCUAUACAAAAAACGUUAUAUGGAAAGUGUUAUGAAUCGCUCAAAACAUCAUUAUACCACAUAAACAUGGAAUUUAUAAAUAAAAUUCCAGCACAGAAAAUUUUGCAAAUUCCAUAAUUAAAAUUAAUUCCAAGUUUAAAUAAUAGCCUGUUCAAAGCUUAAGUAUUUAUUGUAGCACUUUUUUACAUUACCUACUUCAUAUAAAGUUAUUAGAAUCUUAACAAUUUAUAACUAUUUUAAAUGCAUCGUAAAAGGUGACUGUUCUAUAUGCCAUGUAGGUUAUAAAGAUAACAGAGGGAAACCAGUGGUCAAAACAUCCUUAAAUUUAAAUCUACUAUAAUAAUUCAUCUCAGACAAUUGUCAUUAAGACUUAAGUGUGAUAUUUCAACUUAAUAAUACAUGUAUUGAUUAUAAUUUCCUUAAAUCUAUUUAAUCAGGACCAGAUCAAAUUUGAAAUGAACUGACCAGUUACAUGUGAAAUUGUUAUUGUGUAUGAAUUGGUUGUGCUGUUAUAUGGAAAAUAGUUUAACAUUCUUUGCUUUGAAAAUGUAGGCAAGAUUGAGUGAAUUAACAAAAAAAUCAUAUUAACCUAAACAAACACAUAUGAAACAAAAGAUUCUGUAACCAAAUUAUCUCCCUUCACACAAUGUGUAAUACCCUUUAAUAUUUUUCCAUAUACAUGUACUUGAUUAAACAUUCCACAUAAUAUAUAUAUUGAUAUGUGCAUAUGGUACAAAGUAUAAUAAACAUAAAAUGCAACAAGGCAUAUGACUAAAUUGUCAAAAAGUUGUUCAAUGGGAGAUAACCCAAAGUUUGUUUCAAAACUGAUGAAAAUCAAAUAUGUCUUUUUUCUCUCUUGUUCUGUUUAUAAUGUACUGUUCAGUUAGCUAAUUGCUGCACUGUGAUAUUUGUAAUCCUUCCCUUAAUUUCCCCUUUACUGGUUUAACAAAAAUACUGUAUUGUAUCAUUUAAACUAAUCUAUUCUUUACCCAUUCUGAUUUGAUCAAAAUAUGAUUAGGACCAAGAAUCUCUAAAUAUCUAUCAGCAAAAGGAAGGAGUGCCAAUACAUGUAGAAUGCUUAACAAAGUAGAGCAGUCCAGCGAUCUGAUACAUUUUUUGCACACUUUUAUUUGAUAUUAUCGUGUUAUUAGGAAAUAUAUAUAUACCUGUAUGUAUUAUAAAAGUGAUGCAGUAAGAUCGAAUAAACAGAACAAUACAAUCUCAGUUUGAUUGCAAGGAAACAGGAUUAUGUUUGCUCUGCCACCUAAUUUUAUCAAAUUUGAAUAUAUACCAUGUGUCCAUAUUAAAUGUGAUGUAUGUUGCUAGCUGAGCUGUGAUAUAUUUUACAAUAAACUCUCAGGAAUUUA